UUAAUCUACUUAAACCUCCAUCUGAACCAGCACCGACAAUACCAUUGAAUAAAUUAAUGUCCAAUACAUCUGUGAUGGAUGAUUAUUUUGGUCAUUACAAAAUGACACGUAAUCCUCAGGAUCAUCCUUCGCCUCAUCCUCUUACUCCCCAUACAACACGUCAUUCCGCGGAGCGGCGAUUCAUUGAAUCUAACGAUAACAUCCCUGUACAUGUUAAUGAUAAUAAUAAUGAGGGCGAUGAUGAUGAUAAGGAUGAUGAUGAUGAGUAUGGCGUUCAUUUGAAACAAUUCAAUCGUAAUACAAAACUUUCCACAUUACCAUUUACUUCAAAGACUGUUGCCCCAAUGGAAUCAUCUAAAGGAAUUGUCCGACGUAGAACAUUGCCAGGAUUUUUAACACAUCCUCCAUUAGAUUUAAAUAAAUUUCGUAAAAAUUUAACAAUUUUACAAGAAAAUGGAUUAAUG